CCAGAUGCUACUAGGCUUACCUUUCGGUAACGCGAAACAACGAUUAGAAGAUACUAGUUUGACAUGCAGAAACGGCCGUCUAGUGUUGGAGGAUUUGAAGGGCUCGGUGUUUGGAGGAGGUGGUCAGGGUAAAGAUGCACAUUCCUUGGCUUUCACUCUCUUCAGUACAGAUCCAACAGAACUAGAUAGCGCAGUUCUUGCAGAACAACACGAUGGUGAACAAGAACAACUGCAGGACCUACUAUCAUCAAGUGGACCGGGGGCAGGCGCUUCAUCAUCUAUUGUUACAAAAACUUCUUUAGUCUCGAUUCUUCGAGCAUUAGAUACCAGUGAAGAUGGGAAGGACGUUACCUCAGACGAGAAAGCGUGGUCGGGUCUUAUUGACCGCAUUUUUCGCGAGAGUCUUCACAAGGCAGAGAUAAACUCAUUCGCAUCCUCAUCGUCUGACGGAGAUGACGCUUCUUCUGUAGAUGACAUGAGUCGUGCGAGUGGAGAAGAUGCGCACCAGCAGAUGCUACAAUUAGGCGGAUCAUCUUCCUCUUUUGCGAGUUUUCAAGACUCUAGUGGGGCCACUCCACCAUCGACCACGAAUCACGAUCCAUCGACGGACCACUUGACAACCACGGACGCUCACCCGACUGACCAGGUGACAACCACUCACGCUCACCACCACGACGACGUCGCCAUGCGAGCAACCAGAACUAAGUCCAUCAUGCACAGUGUGUACCAGAAUGCGGUCCUAGUAUCGUUGAGUAAAGGAAACGUCUGUGCGGAAGUACCGGAUGACUUGAGCUAUGCCGGCGCUCAUGCUCAGAAGGGUCGUUCGGAUACGAAUUAUCUUCAUGACGACGACGAGGACCUAGACGACGAUAAUUCCCCUGGAGGGGCUGAUGUUCUUCAACGUGUGGAACAUGAUCCUUUGGGCUACUACGCUGUCCUUGGAAUCGAUUUGAAGACGGAAGGACAUCUCUUCAGGCCUACUGGCGUGAAUGGCGCAGUGGACCGUCAAGCAGAACUCGAGAGGAAUGAGCUGGUAAAGGCACGCUUGAACGAUCUGAGAACGCUGUAUAGACACUACAGAGCUCGCAGGAGGAUGAAUAGGGGGAAUUUACGAACAACGUGGAAAUAGAAUGAUUCAGGUAGACUAUCACGACUACUUUUGUGGAUGUCAUCCUCAUUGCAGGAGGCCCUUUCUGAGUAAUUUUAGAUGUCUAGUUUUUGACUUGAGCAAGACGCCAUCCUCCGUUUUUGACUUGAGCAAUGCUACGACGCUAACGUCGCACCAAAAAACACGUUAACAUGAUCAAGUCAUCUUGACGUCAUCAUCUCUAAUCCUCGUAUGGCUCCUACCAGUCAAUUUGCUGUGGCAGCUGCUUCCAAAAACCGCAGCAAGGCUUACGCUGGUGCAGCUAGCAGCGGCUAGACGGACAUUGCGACUACCAACUCAGGCAUCGGAUUGGACAUCACAGUCGUCAACGACAUCCUCUUCACAUCUUCACUCUCAACAUGACGACAUACAGGAUCAACAUGGCGUAGAAUGGGCACUUGGUGGUGAGGAGACUGAAGUCGCACAAGGUCGUGACCAUCAUGAACGUCAAGAUAGCGCGAGCCAAGUUCUGGAUAACGCCGCUAUGCCAACACGGAGUCCCCACUACGCUCGACUUCGAGAUGACAAAACUAGAAGCGUCGAGUCGAUCAUCCACAGAAUUCCCGGUAUUCAACGGGAACUGAGACUUCGACUUCGUCGUGAAGCAGAUAGUGGUGAUACUUCCUCAACACAGGAACACGAAGCCCAGCCUCCACAUCAAGCAGAACAUGGCUCCUCUGUCUAUACAAAAUUAGAAACUGCAGAAAGGGUGCUACAGCAGAUGCUACAUCAUUCUCCACGUGUUGGAGGUGAAGUCGUAGGCGUCGUAGCAUCAGCAGAUCACAACCACGAAUCUCUACUGGAAUCGCAGUUCCAUCUAGUGGAAGAAGCGUUUCAGCAUUUAUACGAAGAGCGAGCGAGGCGGUCAUAUGAGUUACGGUGCGUGACACUACCUGUGGUCAUCGAAAUAUUUGCACCAAAUAUGUAGCAUGCAUGCAAUCCGUAGCGGUUCCAGUCUUGUAUUCUUCUUUUGUUGAAUUCAACGAGGACAUACAAGUACAAGAACAUCUGCAGAACACCUACCUUAGAGAUAAACAUGCAGAAGAAACUGAAAAGUUUUUCAUAUACUUACCAUCGAUGGAUCCAUCAUCAUGUCUUCUCUUUCAUCCUCCCGUAUGCGAGACCAAUAUAUCCUAGUGGGGAAUCAUGCAGUAGUCGUGGCGUCCUUAGCCCAGAAACUAGAGCGAGUGCGACAGUGUUUCCGAGUCCCGAAGUGUUUUUGGUGCAGUGUAUUGCCAAGAAGCGAUGCUGGGAAGUGUCUCCUCGACUCCACUCACGGUCGUGCAUUUAUCGACCAGAUCUCUUCGCCGAUUGCGCCACUGGAAAAAGGAUUGGUCCAUUACGUGCAUGAACUUGCAAAGGCACAAGGGGAAACUAGAAAUGCUCUGGAAUCCUUCCAUGCACUAGACGGCAGCAUUGCGCGAUACAACACGAGGAUGGACGAAGCAAGGACAGUGUUAGACGACUCGAUUCCGAAAUACUUGCAUAAUUUAAGGCUCAACCUGGUCGAGAAGUACCGUACUAUGUAUGGUUUAGUAUCAGAAACGGCGAUAGAGUUGAAAUUUACAAUUCAAAUGCUAGAAAGGCAGGUAAGCGUAAAGACAUGAAGUUCUCGAACUCGUCAGUCUGAAUCUUUCUAAGCAGUAUGGGUAUCCAAAUGGAGAGAUACAUGGGUGCAAAACGUGACGAGCUGACACAUAACCCCAAGAUGUACGAUCCAGGGGAGCUUGAUGGAGGCGAAGAAGAUAGUUAUGAUAUACAACUUGGUACCUCUAUCUAUUGCUGGAACGUGUACUUGAAGAUAGAGCUUUUUGCAUUGAUGAAGUUGAACAAGAAGUUGUAGGUAGAUUUCCCAACUACACACCGUUCCUGUGCCUGCUUCAUACUAUCGAUUCCGACGACGCCGAAGAGGAUGAGGACGACGAAGCGAAGUCUCCAGACAAUGCUGCUUCAUCCAAAAAGAAGACGUCCAAGAAGCCGAAGAAGAAGAAGAACAAACCGCAACAGAAGAAGAAGCCAACCAUCGGCCCUAAGGCUACUCCAGUGGUGGAAAUGGCAGGGGAAAAUGUACAAACGAUGAACAGUAAAGCGAUGGAGCAAGCUGUGGAAACGCCUGAGGAGAAGGAAGAGAGGGAAGCCGAAGAGGCAGAGGUCGAAGAGCAAGUCGGAGAAGCGGCUAAGGAGGUACAAGAAACACUGCAAAAAGAACUGGAUAAGGAAGAGGAGGAGCAAAAAGAGGAAGCGAAGGCAGUGGCGGAGGGAGACGGAUCAAGGGUGGACGCGCUGGAAAAACUUAUGAUUGAGACGAUGUCUUAGUUUACGUCCACCUACAGAAGUAGAAGCUAUAAUACAACAAAUACGACAACUUACAAAUUACUUACAAUUCACGAUGUUGAUCUUCAGAUGCUCAUUUCUAACACCCAACUGGACGACGAGGAGAAGAAAGGAAAGGAGGAGGAAAAUAACAGAGGAGAUGAGGAAGAGUCGAAUAAAAAAGCGAAUGCUGCUGUAGAAGUAGAGCCCCCAGAUGAGGACGAUCCGACAGAGGAGGAAAUAGAAGAGCUAAGGCGCCAGAAAAGGGAAAAAAGGCUGAAAAAAGUUAAACCUCCUGAGCCAGAUGAACCUGAAGAGGAAGAGCCUGAAGAAGACGAAGAGGAUGUUGAGGAGAUAAAGGAAGAAGAAGAGCAGGUCGAAGAGAAAGAAGGAGAUGCUGAUGCUGAUGCUGGUGAAAAAGAACCCACUCCUGCCAAGAAAGAAGAGAAAAAGGAGAAACCUCCAGAAAAGGACAAACCUGGAAAGAAAAAGACUGUCAUGGACCCACGACGAAAAGUUUGGCAUCCUUAUCGAUUAGACCAGGCACAUCCUCAAAUCCGCACACAACUGCUCGAAUUGCACAGCAAGUCUAGAGGACAGAUGCUACGUACCGAAGGCAGGCCCAGACGUCGCAAAAAGAGUAGUACUACUAGUGGUGGGCAGGAGGAGAUGAAAGUAGACACGCUAGUACCUCUUGCAGCUGACGAGAACAGUGACGCUAUGUCUAGUUCAUCUACAACAGGUGCAGAGUAUCAUCAUCGUCAUCACCAUCAUCACAAAAAGAAGAAACGACACAGCAAGAAACAUCACUAUCAAUCAGAACAGCACGUGGAGGAGGAAGAUCUCGUAGGAGGUGGAGGGGACGGGAAGUCUUCCGAGAGCAAGUCCGGUUUCACGUCUAAUGUGCACAGCCUAUUCUCUUCCUUUUUCUCGCGAGGUGUCUUAGGGUAUCUCUGACCACGAGCACAAGAAUUUAUAAAUUUUGAAUUCUAAUCUUGUACCUCUACUUGGCUAUAGGUUAGAUGAUGACUUGCAGUUGCAACAACUCUGUUUGAUUUUGACAGUCGCAUUCCGAAAAAACUCACUAAGCUUUAAAUACCUGAUUGUCUGACGAAACUCACUUCGACCACCGCGAUGUGCAUGAAAAAUCGAUUACAACUCGCCUAUGCAGUACCAGUAGAUUGUAAAUGAUGUUGGCUUCUAUAAG